AUGGCGUCGAAGGCUUCCCAGAUGCUUGCAGCACUUCUCGCUUCGGCUCUGAUCGGAUCUUUCGCAAAGCCCGUGGGCAACCUGCGAGGGGCUGACGGAGCGAAGGACAGCGGGCUGGAGGUGCCAGACGUCAGUGGGCUGCCGGACACACCCGGGCCAUACCAAGAAGAGCCCAACAACACGGAUGCUGAGAAACCCAAGGCAGCGAUGGUUGACUGGAGAGCUCAGGUUCCAAAUGCCACCCAGGGCAGUUUGGGAAGUCUGCUGUCGUUGAGUGCCUGGCAAGAGCACCAGUUCUGCAAUCUUCACAAGACGGGCUUCUUCUGCGAGAACUCCACACGGAUUCGCUGCUGCAAGUUGGAGGAUGGCUACGCCAAAUGCGGCUCCACUGCUAACUCCAGCGCCUGCAGUCAGCAGAAGUUGCCCGAGGAGCCCAAGUCCAAAAUGCUGAAGACGGGUGCCGGCUGGUGGCAUGGCAUGCCUGGCUUCUGGCACAUUCACCCGGGCUGGCACGUCAGCAGCUUCUGCCAGUCGCACCAUGUCGGCUCCUUUUGCCGCUCCCACCACGUCAUCCACUGCUGCAAUGACUACGGGCAUUUCGUGGAAUGCAACACCCAGUACCAUGACAGUGGCUACUUCUGCUAG